GUUUUUACUAGAGAAGAAGCUAGAGACAUUACAGUUGAAUCUCCAUUACACGGUGAUACUCAGACAAUAUUGCCUCUUCAAGCAGAAGAUUGUGAACAUCAAGCAAUAAUUCAUGCUGCAGCAGAUGAUGAAAGUUGGGGAGAUACCGAUAGCAUGAUAGAUGAUGGCAGCUGUGAUGAAAUGGAAGAAGAAGAUUUAGGAUAUCAAGGAAAAACAAAAACUGAUUCAUCGGUAUACCUGCCAUUACUUUGCAUACUCUUCUAUCUAAGAGAUCAUUUGACUAAGGCUGCCUUACAGCAUCAUCUCAAAAUAUUGAUGGUGGCUACAAAGACUAGCAUAAGAAAACUAACAAGUGUGCACAACCUGCUAUCAAAAUACCGUCACCUGAAGACAACUAUUAAAAAGACCUUCGUCUGUAGGUUAAAGGAUUGUAAUUCUCACCUUGUGUUGGACGACAAAAAAGUCCCUGUCGAAAAACAACCUUGUGGACACAAAUACACAAAUAAUCGCUCAAGUGACUGCUACAUUCUUCAACUUCCGAUUGCAGAACAGAUUUCUUAUUACAUCAAAACUUAUCAUAAUAAACAGCAAAAAUCAACAAGCCCUUCAGAUGAUCCUGACACUCGCAGCGAUGUUAACUCUGGCGGAAAUUACAGAAAACUACAAGAGGCCGGUGUUAUCGAUGAAAACACCAUUACCACGCAGAUCAAUACUGAUGGAGCUCAAAAGUUUAAAUCUAGCAAGUUCGGAAUUUGGCCUCUGAUGGGGAUAAUCAAUGAAGCAAGUUUCAAGACACGACGAUCCUGCAUUAUACUAUUAGCCCUAUGGUACGGUAACAAAAAAACCCCUAGAGAUACUCUGCUUGAACAAGCCAUUGAAGAACUGAAAAAGCUUCAAAAACAUGGCAUAGAAGUGAACGGAAUUAUCUACAAAGUACCCGUCUUGAUUAUUUCUACUGAUACUGUCGCUCGUCCACUUGUUCGCAAUUUAACCCAAUUCAACGGCGAGUUUGGAUGCGACUUUUGCCUUCAUCCUGGUGAGCAAGUGCCAAAAGGAAAAGGGAGUGUCCGAGUAUAUCCGCAGCCAAAUUCCUACCCAACCUUCAAGCCAAGAUCCAUGGAACAGCACAAAAAGGAUCUAGAACUGGUUGGUAUGUUGAAAAAUAAACCAGUCCAUGGAAUUGUCGGCCCUAAUCCCUUCCAAAAAUUGGCUGAUUUUGACCAUGUCGAAGCAUACGUCCCGGAGUAUAUGCACUCUUGUUGCCUUGGUGUUUUCAAGAUGUUCAUCAACCUUUGGACUGAUAAGAAACAUAAGAAGGAAAAAUGGUAUAUAGGUUACUAUCUAGCAGUUAUCAAUGCCCGCCUUUCUCAAGCAAAACCUCCAUAUGAUAUAUCCCGAACCAUUGAUUAA